GGCAGCCGCGCCCGCCCGCCCCGCCCCUGGAUGCCGCUCUGCCCCGGCGCGGCCGCCGCGGAUCGCAGCACAGGAGUCGCCGCCGCCGCGGUUCAUGUGGUUGGCCUGGGGCUGAGGAGGCCGCCAAGAUGCCGCAGUCCAAGUCCCGGAAGAUCGCGAUCCUGGGCUACCGGUCUGUGGAUGACUGCGUUCCCUCUGUUGAGAAUGCCUCUAGCUGGCAUUCGGGUGUACUGCACUGGCAUCUUUUUCAGAAUCACCCAUGGAAUAGGAACAGUCAGUGUUUAUGGACUCAAGGGAAAUCCUCGUUGACGAUUCAGUUUGUUGAAGGCCAAUUUGUUGACUCCUAUGACCCAACCAUAGAGAACACUUUCACAAAAUUGAUCACAGUAAAUGGACAAGAAUAUCAUCUUCAACUUGUAGACACAGCUGGGCAAGAUGAAUAUUCCAUCUUUCCCCAGACGUACUCCAUAGAUAUUAAUGGUUAUAUUCUCGUGUAUUCUGUGACAUCGAUCAAAAGUUUUGAGGUGAUUAAAGUUAUCCAUGGCAAGUUGUUGGACAUGGUGGGGAAAGUGCAAAUACCUAUUAUGUUGGUUGGGAAUAAGAAAGACCUACAUAUGGAAAGGGUGAUCAGUUAUGAAGAAGGGAAGGCGUUAGCAGAAUCUUGGAAUGCAGCUUUUUUGGAAUCUUCUGCUAAAGAGAAUCAAACUGCUGUUGAUGUUUUCAGAAGGAUAAUUUUGGAGGCAGAAAAAAUUGAUGGGGCCGCUUCACAAGGAAAGUCUUCCUGCUCGGUGAUGUAAUUCUGCUGUGGGCCCGAGGCCACUGGGACCCGUCCUGCCCGGAGACGCAAACUGCCCGUCAUCCUCGAAGAUAAACUCUGCUUCGUUUUCCUUCUGUUAACCUGAAAGAUUUAUUUGGGUCAGAGCUUUUUCCCACCUGCCCCCCUUUCAGAUUAUGUUGAACUCUGACUAUCCUUCUGAGUUCACUUCCACUUUCAAAUUUUAAGCAAUCAUAUUUUCAAUUUAUAUAUUGUAUUUCUUAAUAAUAUUAUGACCAAGAAUUUUAUCGGCAUUAAUUUUUAAGUGUAGUUUGAUGUUUAAAAUAAUGUAAUCAUCAAAGAUGCAUAUUGUUACACUACUAUUAACUAGGCUUCCAUAUAUCAGUGUUUAUUUCAUUGUGUUAAAUGUAUACUUGUAAAUAAAAUAGCUGCAAACCUUAAUCCCUCGCGCUACUUAGUGUGGCUUUUAAAGAAAACCAUGUCGGUGAGGGCUCCUUCCCGGCCCCCAGGAAGGCUCAGGUUGGAUUCCAGGAACUGGUGGAGGAUGUGGCCACAGGCGGAGGCCAGCGGGGCCCACUGGGUGGCAGUGACGGUGGGGGCAGACUGCCGGAACUGGGGAGGGAUCUCUGUUCACUAAAGCUGAGCGGUCUUGGGGGUCUGUGAGGGAGUCACUCCCAGUAAUGGCUGUUCUCUCUCCACCCUCAGAGGCCCCCAUCCCAGCCUUGACUGGAGGGCUUCCUGCAGUGGGGGCUGUGGCGGUUACUUGGCAAAGCCUUCUCGCCCAACUGCUUAUCUCAGCUGCAUGAAGGAAAGAGAUGUUAGAGACACUUAUUAUCCCUCCUUUUUUAAAUAUAUUACUGAUUUCAGAGAGAAACGUCAAUGAGAGAGAAUCGAUUGGCUCCCUCCUGCACGCCCCCUACUGGGGAUAAAGCCUGCAACCCGGGCAUGUGCCCUCGACCAGAAUCGAACCUGGGACCCUUCAGUAUGCAAGCCAGUGCUCUAUCCACUGAGCCAAACUGGCUAGGGCUAUUGUCCCUCCUUAUGCUUAGCUUGAUGUCCAUGGCAGAUGGGAUCUAAUUUACUUCGUUAUUUUUAUUUUUCAAUUACGGUUGAUAUACAUUAUGUUAAUUUCAGGUGUCCACCCAGUGACUAACCAUUGCAUAACUUACUAAGUGAUCACCCGCCCGGUGACUCUCGCACCCUCUGACACCACACAUGCUAUUAGAAUACCAUGGGCUCUAUUCCCAAUGUUGUGCUUUACGUCCCAUGCAGACAGCAUCUGGCCUAGAGCGUAGAUAUUUGCCUGUCACCAUCCCCAAACCUCCAGUAGUUUAAAGAACGGGGACUAUUGCCCAGUAAGUGGGGUGUGGGGGGGCUUCGUGAACCUUCUCCAGGCCCAGCCGCAUGCCUCCCGCCCACUCGGAGGCACAGCUGAAGGAGAGUGGGUCUGAUGUGGCAGCUCCCACUCACUGGAAGUCGGUUCAAGCCCAGCUGUGCGUUAAAUGCCCGUCCCAGUUGAAUUUCACAGGGCAUUGCUAUCAUUAGGAAAUGUUACUAACAAAAUGUACUUUCGCUUUGUGACUAAUUUUUUAAUGAAAAAUUGCUUUUAGAAUAUGCCAUUAUUUUGGAUCGUUUAAGUAUUUGUCUCGUCAUUCCAGGAUGAAAUUGGAGCUUUAGGAGACCUCCACCAAAUACUUUUUAAAUAAAAUAAAUUUUGACAAUA